CUCGCGCUCUGAUUGGCCGCCUUCGUGGAGCUCUCGAGAAGGGUCCAGAAUGCGGAAGCGGAUGUGGCACAUGGAGCCGGCGAGUGAUGCAAAAGCCGCAGUUUCUGGAAUCUUCCACGGGAGUGUAUAUGUAGCGGGACCGCCUCCUCCUCCCAGACUCAGAUACUCAGUGACACAGGAGAGCGGCGCUCAGCACCGGACACAGCCCAGCUAGCUUGCCAGCCUGUCUGCCUUCCCCGCCUGCAGCCCUCCAUCACUCGCCCCCUCUGUCGCCAUGUCGGUGGUCGGUUUCGACCUGGGCUACCAGAACUGUCACGUGGCCAUCGCCCGGGCUGGUGGCAUUGAGACCGUGGCCAAUGAAUUCAGUGACCGCUGCACCCCGUGAGUACCGGAGACAGACCUGUCAAUCACACCGAUACAUCGAUUAUUGGAGACUUAUCGAUUGCCAAUUAUUAUAAAAAAACAAGAGGAAUGGAAGCACUUAAUAUCUUACGGUCCAAACUCCUUAUUAAAAAUAAUAAGAAUAAUUUAAUUUAUAUUAUUUUUUUUAAAUUUCAUGUUAACCCAUCCUUUUCGAUUCCAGCAAUGAUGAUAGGAGUUGCAGUGGCAGUGGGCAUUGUAGUCUAGCGAGGCUCAUUCAGCCAGUUGAGGACCACGUUUCUCCAUCAUUGAAAACGUUUUGACCCACAUCCAUCAAUGCACGUUGACUGCUGUAAUAAUAUUUUGGUCUGUCACAGGACCAAGCUUCAAUAGGACAAAAUAAAUAUUUACUUUAAUAUUGUACUCCCCAGCCCGCCCCCAUGCAUACAUUUAAAAAAAAAAAAGAACCUUUACCCAAAUAUAUUUUUAAUUUAGUAUUUAUGUCUAUUUGUCUGGCAGUAGAAAUUGCUUUUGAUUCUUAUAAUAAAUAAAAAUGAUAGGAUGCUUUAAAUCUGUAAUGAUGUAGAAUUGAUGGAGAGUGCACUGUGAGUGCGAACCGUUGUUAGAGAUGCUCAGUGUUUGCUGGGGAUGGGGGUGGAAUGGCACUGAUACAGUAUUCUCUGGUGGGAGUUUAAUCUCCUUGGUAACGUAACAUUCUCUGUGCUGCCGGCAGAUUUUACCUACCGGUGUGAUGUCACGGUGCCAGAAGUUUCUGGAAUGUUCCAUAUCAUCAGUGCUUCCUGGCUGCCUGUCAAUGGCAGCAUGAAUCAUGCAAUAUAUGGCUUGAUAUAUAUUUGUGUAUAUUUCCUGUAACAAUACCACUAGCACACUAUUAGGCAUAUUCCUUUUAUAUUAAAGAAAUGGUAGCUUUUGAUAACGUUCUUUUUCGAUCAAAUAUUUGGCAUUUCAGAUAAAAUAUGAAAUUGGGGGGCAAAAAAUAUUUACUCCAUCUAAAGAGUUAUUUUAUUUUUAGGGGUAUUUUCGUCAAAACAAGAAUCAAAAAACCAACACUGCCUUAAAAAUAAAGUUUCUUUUUAUUUUAAAUUCUCAAUGUAACUUUUAAUUCAAUUUUUUUCACAAGUCCAAGUGACAUUUUCAGGUGUACGUUUGUCAUGUAGUCCCAUAAUCUGCUGUCAUGUAGUACCUAAUCUCAGCAGAUCUUUCUAAAAAAAAUGUUCAUGUAACUCCCAGAAUGCCUUGUAAAAUAGUCAAAUGCUGUAGACAUACGGUAUUUAUACAUGUAAGAAAACCAUUAAGCUGUAGUCAUAAAGACCGCUAUAUAUUUUGUAAGGCAUCUUAAUUUAUGGUAGUCAUGAUAGCCAUUUUUUUUUUUUAACAUUAUUUAUUUGAAAAAUCUUCAAUAAAAUUAUUUGAAUAUAUUUUUCUACCUCCAAAAACUGCAUGACUGCUUUUUUUUAGUUUAAGCCAAUCUGCAAGUUGAUUGCUCUAUGUCUAGAACUUUCUCUACAACUGCUCAGUAUAAUUAAAUAAAAUGACACAAGGAGUCAAAAACAUUAAGGUACUUUGUAAGGUCAAUUAUGUUUCUAUAAUGAUUAAAGGGCCACUAUAGUCACCCAGACCACUGCCAGGUCCCUCUAGGGUUAACCCUGCCUGCUGUAAUGCAUGCACAUUCCGCUCCGCUGACGGCGGGGGAGGAGAGGUAAGGUGGAAUAAGGUGAGUAACUGAAGGGGUUUUAACCCCUUCAGCACCACGGGAGGGGGGCCCUGAGGGUGGGGGCACCCUCAGGGUACUAUACUGUCAGGAAAACCGAUUUGUUUUCCUGACACUAUAGUGAUCCUUUAAAUAAUUGAUUUAAAGAGACACUCUUAAGUACCUUAAAGGAACUCUAUAGUGUUAGGAAUGCAAACCCGUGUCAUUUUCAAUGCUUUCCAGUGAACUUCCACGUGAUCGUUACUUGAUCGUUGCAACGGAAGUGCCUCUAGUGGUUGUCAGUAUGACAGCCACUAGAGAUGGAGUUUAUGUUAAAAAAAGAAAUAAAACUGCAGUGUUUUACAUCGCAGGAUCACUGCACCAAGAACACUUUAUUACGCUGCAGUGGUCUGGUUGACAUUAGUGUGCCUUUAGCUGCUGCAACGUGCUGUAGAGGUUAUGGUGCCAGGAAAGUCCCCUCACCAUUGUAUAUAGUUAGAUUGUUCUAGAAUGGUGUGACUUCCUAAAGUUACAUUCCAGGCACCAAAUUAAGUUGUUGUGGUUAUAGGUCGUCACUGGAGGCACACUCACCUAAAAGCCCCAUCCCCCUCCUGUGCGGCAUCCAGUUUCUGAACUCUUAGAUGCGCAGGGGAAUCGCUGAUUGGUUGAGAGCAACCUGCUUCCUGAACGGAUUAAACCCAUCAGGUAAGAGUGCCUCCGGGGGCCUAAUGGCACCAUAACAACUUAAUUUAGAUGAGGUUGUUUUUGUGCCUGGAGUGUGUCCUUUUAACUGGGGUUCACAGGGCAUUGCUCCUCGACCUUUAUCACUUCAGACUGAGAUUGAAGUUUGGGGGUUGCUUCGGGGAACUCCUUGUACUAAAAUCACUACAGCACAGUGUGGUUAUGUUACUUUGAGUUUUCCUUUAUAUUAAAAAAUAACUGAGGCAUUUCUGGAAUAGAUGGAGAUAUUACAGAGGCCUUUUUCCAACUGCCGUAUGGGAUCGCUAACAGUACAUUUUAAUACUGAAAUUGUUGUAGAGUGUGUUCAACCGUAACUGAUCUGUAAGUGUGUAAGUGAGUCUCACGUGUCCGAGGAAGACACUAGUCUCCAUGUGAGUGAGAAGUAACUACUCAGUCUAAAUGAAUGUUUCAUGGAAGUGUCAAGCUGUCCAAAUCCAUUUUAGCAUAGAGUAAUUGGCACAUUUACAGUUAGUAACUGUUCUGCUUUCAUGUGUUCUCACCUUCUCCUUAUCAUCAAAUGAUAUGUGUAAACCCUAUAGUUCUUUAUUUUAUUCUUUAUUAGGGCUGUGAUAUCCUUUGGGACAAAAAACAGAACAAUCGGUGUUGCAGCUAAAAACCAGGUAUGUUUGUAUUUGUUUUUGACGGAUAUUUCAAAUGUUUGGUAAAAGACAUUCAUAGACACUAAAUAAAUGAAGAAUUGUUUGGCUUUGAAUCAUUUCCCCACUUUUACUUUACGCUCAGUUUAUUAACUUUAUUAACUGUUACCUUCAUUUAUCUUAUUUGGCAGUAAUACUGAUGUAUUUAUAUUCAGUUCUAAAGCCAAACUACUUGUGAACUGACAACAUUCAUAUUCAACAUAUUGAAAUCAUUUUUUUUUUUUUUUUUUUUUUUUACAGAUGGUCACCAAUGCAAACAAUACUGUAUCAAGUUUCAAGAGGUUUCAUGGCCGUGCAUUUAAUGAUGCUUUUGUUCAGAGAGAGAAAAACAACUUGCCAUAUGAGCUGGUCAUGAUGAGUAAUGGUGGUGUUGGAGUUAAGGUGAAUAUGUAGUCUAUCAUGAAAUAAACCUAAAUGUUUUUUUAUAAAGUCUUAGUAUUCCUAACUGAAAUUGAACUUUAGUUUUACAUUUUUGCAAUAGUGAGCACCCUCUUCACAGUUAAUAAUUGUGAAUUUGUUGGGAUUGGAGGUCCUAGAACAUCUACAAUCCAAGCUGUCUUUGAGCAGUGUUUAAACUUCUAUAUAUGACAUAAAAUCACAAACGUAAUUCCAAGCAGAUGGGGAGAGGGGCAAAGGAGGCUAAUAAUGUCAGGUUUUUCUGCACUACAAGAUUACCACAUGUCUGUAUAAGCUGUAAAUUCCAUUACAUCAAGGCAUAUAUGAUAUGUCAUUGGUGACUAAAGGGAAGUAGAGAGUAAGGACCUCAUAGUCUAUAUGGAACACCAUGUCUUCAGCACUUAAGGACUUUAAGGUUAUUUGCUUUGGAUUCCACAUUGAAGUGUAGUAUAGCAUACAUGAAAAUGUGUUGGAAUGUUGUAAUGCCUCUUAAUUUAAAAAAUAAAUGACCAAAUGUGCAUGUGUUGCUUUCAGGUGAUGUACAUGGAAAAUGAACACCUCUUCAGUGUGGAACAAAUAACAGCCAUGCUGCUCACAAAACUGAAAGAGACCGCUGAGAACAAUCUUAAGAAACCUGUGACAGAUUGUGUCAUUUCUGUAAGUGUUUAAUUGGAAAUCUGUACAAUUAGAUUGUUACUCCACGCACCAUGAUCACCUCCGUGAAUUGAAGUGGUCAUGGUGCCUGAAUACUGUAUGUGCCAUUUGCUUUGAAUUUAACUCCUUCACUAGCAGAGGUGUAACUCCACCUCAGGCAGAAUCAUAGGGUUGUGAUCAGCCAUCCCAGAACUUGAAUUCCAAACAGGCUAAUUUCAAUUCUGUGCAACUUUCGUUGCAUAUGGUGAGUCAUUGGCUGAGAUUGGUCAGUUGACUCUCUCAGCCAAUGAAUCUCUACUGAUGGAGCUUCCUGCUUUUGACUCUCUGCAGAAGCGCAUCACUGGACCACCAGAGAGCCUCUGAACCUGGCGCAAGUCCAGAUAAGAGGGCAAACCACUGUUCAUGCGGUUUGCCUCAUUACCGGGGAAACAUGCCAGGUUUUAUUACUAAAGUGAACAUGUAGAAAAACUUCACUGCAGUGAGAAGACAAGGCUUUGUUUACCAACACUGUCUGUUCAUGUGUACUGCCCAUCAUUUUGGUAUCACUUCAAAUUACAUACAAUUUUUUUAAGUAAAAUAAACAUGUUUAAUGUUUGUCUUUCUGUGGACUUCUUCUAGAGUAUGAACCCUCUGCUUUUUUAACCAAAUAUCACCAUUAAACUCUCUGGUAAUCCAGCACCAGGCAGUUUCAGCCAGGCAGUCACUCCUCCCUCCUAUGCUGAGAUCAUCCAGGCACAGGACCUGUUUUAGUGCUUCUCGUAGAGAAGCAUUUUCAACCUACUGGCCGUGCGUGGUAAUUGCUACACUCAGCCAUUUGGAUGCUUCUUUUAGAUGCUGGGCUAGGCAACCUUCGGCACUCCAGAUGUUUUGUACUACAUCUACCAUGAUGCAUUGCCAGCAUUUUGUCAGUAAGAGCAUUAUGGGAGAUGCAGUCCGCAACAUCUGGAAUGCCGACUGUUGCCUACCCAUAUUGGAGAAACAUUCAGUGUUCAGCAGCAUUGGGCAAUGCAUUAAAUUGCUGAACAUGUAAUAGAAAGUCUUCAAUGAGAAAGCGCCUGUAGUGACUCGAAGUCCAACAGCCACUAAAUGCGAUUUCUUUACCUUGCCGCACAGCAGGGAAAAAGCCGAGGCAAGAAUCACCUAAUUAAAAUGAAAUAGCCAUGAAUUUUAGGUUGAAUAGUAUAUGUGGAACUGCACUCACUCCCACAAAUCUGAGCCAGGGUGCUUGUUGAGCCGGAAUCAAACACCAGAUUUCCAAACAUUAGUAAAAUAAUAGGGGUCCGGGCACUCCUUGGUUCAAGACAGGCAUUUUAUUGAGAACCACAACAGCAGCUGUUGUGGUUCUCAAUAAUGUGCCUGUCUUGAACCAAGGAGUGCCUGGACCCCUAUUAUUUUACUAAUGAAUUGUAGGUUGACUUAUAUUUUUGGGGGGCAGAGACUGCAUCCAUUCAGUCCAGGGUCCACACAUGCUAUGUAUGGAGUCUGCUGGUCAGUACAGCUUUUAAUCUGGACACUAUAUCUACUUUAAUGUAAACCUGACAAUCCACAUGAUUUGUGGCUGACAAGGUCACUUAAAAGAAGAGUAUCUGUAAAUCCACUGCAUAGUCUUACAUAUGUAGCAGUGAUGCUGGCCACCCUCCACUUUUAUUGUAGUGAUAAGUUAACAUGAAGCAGCCAACAAACCCUAUUGGCUUUAUUGCAGCUUUCUCAAAGCACCGGUGACUUAAUGGUCACAUUGGCAUCCUAGCACCUCAAAACCUUUUGUCUUUUGUGUGUGUUUCUGGAUAUGUUUCAGAGUAACAAUGUUUUGUUCUCCAGGUUCCAUCAUUCUUCACCGAUGCAGAGAGGAGAUCAGUAUUGCAUGCUGCUCAGAUUGUUGGAUUGAACUGUUUAAAAUUGAUGAAUGACAUGACUGCAGGUAUGGAAGAUGACUUUUUAAUUAAAGACACACUAUAGUCCCAAAACAACUUGAGCUUCAUUAAGAAGUUUUCAUGUAUAGAUCAUGCCCCUUGCAGUCUUGUUGCUUAAUUAUCUGCCAUUUAGGAGUUAAAUCACUUUGUUUAUGCAGCCCUGGACACUCCUUCCUGCAUGUGACUUACACAGCCUUCCUAAACACUUCCUGUAAAAAUUCAUCUAAUGUUUAUACUUCCUUUAUUUCAAAUUCUGUUUCAUAUAUAAUUUAUUAUCUUUCGCUGUGUUAAUAGUUUGCUAGACCCUAGAAGAGCCUCCUGUAUAUAAUUAGAGUUCAAUUUACAGAGCAGAAGAUACAAACUUUUAAAGUAAGUUCUGUCUGAUUUGAAAAUGGGAAAAAAUAAUUUCAUGCAGGCUGUUUCAAUCACAACCAGUGGAGGUGUGGCUAGGGCUGCAUAAACAGAAACAAAAGUGAUUUAACUACUAAAUGGCAAAGAAUUGAGCAGCGAGACUGCAGGGGCAUGUUCUAUACACCAAAACUGCUUAAUUAAGCUAAAGUUGUUUUGGUGACUAUAGUGUCCCUUUAAAGUGAAUAUCAUCCUCAAAUAUGUUUAGCCCCAUCACUUUUAAUCUAUUUAAAGUCAAUGAGUUAGGCAAAUCAUUGUCUGUGUGACAAGUGACCUUUAAAGGGUGACAUCUCAGUGGUCUCUACUGUGUAAUCUAAGUUUUGAUAAAGACUGUAUUUGUAGCCCCAAAAGUAUAUUGUUAACAGUUCGGUUUUACCACUUUGAUUGUCUACUGGGGUGUGAUGUGUGCAUUUGACCUGUCAAUCUCAUCAAGAUAACUUGGGUAAUUGUCACUUGCACCCUCAAUCUUCUCAAGAUUGUCUGCACACCCAAAAAGGUAAACAAAUAGAUUUUAUUAACAAUUUUGUCCCACAGCCCCAGAGUAAGAUUGUAUGGUUUGUAGGAGGGGUGGGUGCAUAGAAGAAACAAGGUUAAUGUGAUGCCAAACUAGAAUGGCUUAACAUCGUACUGUGGGAUGAUGCCAGGGAAGCCCUGGCACCAUAACCUCUCCAAUGGGCUAUAGUUGUUUUGGUGCUUGUCAUGCUAUUUUAACCCCUUAAGGACACAUGACACGUGUGACAUGUCAUGAUUCCCUUUUAUUCCAGAAGUUUGGUCCUUAAGGGGUUAAGGUUGACUUACUUCUUCUGUGACUAUCUUCAAAAAAAAAUGAAAAAAACAUUAGACGAGUAGUUGAAUGGAAAAUGUAUGGGCUUCUCUUAAUUCUAAGACUUAUCAAAUCUAUUUACCUAUUAUGUAAGUUGCUUCUAUUUAGUUUACCUGAUUGGUUGCUUUAAGUUUUAAUUCAUUUUGUUCUGUAUUUCAGUUGCACUAAACUAUGGAAUUUAUAAGCAAGAUCUUCCAGGUCCUGAAGAGAAACCAAAAAUUGUGGUUUUUGUAGAUAUGGGUCAUGCUUCUUUCCAAGUCUCAGCCUGUGCCUUUAACAAAGGCAAACUAAAGGUACAUUGAUGUUCCUCUUGCUGCUCUCUUAAUAUUGCUAUUAUUGCUUAUGAUAUAAAGCGUUAAGUGUGGGCUAAAUAUUUAAUUCUCAUGUUUGAAUAACCUGAAUAUUCUAUUUACUUUGCACUUUUUGUCUCAAUGUGCGUUGAGCCAUGUAUCUUUUAAGUGUGCUUCAAAACGCAUUUGUUAUACCCAUUAGAUAUAAUUUAAUGGGCUUUGAACAUCCAAACUAGCUUUUGCAGAGAAAUAUACGUUGGUGCCACUGUAUGAGGUGGAUGAAUAAGCCUGCUUCAACUGUACUUGCUAUGGUUAAUAUUUCGAAGUAGUGAAAUAAUCAUAAUGGACUUGGGCAGUUAAACAUUUGUGUUCCACUAAAUAUUCUAAUUGGUAGUUCAAAGUGUUUUGCAUAAUCAUUCCUUCCCCAUUUUAGGUUCUAGGAAGUGCUUCUGACCCAUACCUUGGAGGAAGAAGUUUUGAUGAAAGACUAGUGGAACAUUUCUGCAAAGAAUUUCAAACCAAAUAUAAGCUUAAUGUGAAAUCAAAAAUCAGAGCCCUUCUGCGCCUUCACCAAGAAUGUGAAAAGCUGAAGAAACUAAUGAGCAGCAAUAGCACAGACCUUCCUCUUAACAUUGAAUGCUUUAUGAAUGAUAUAGAUGUAUCUGGACGCAUGAAUAGGUGAGUGUACUAUUCUCAUGGAUUAUUGGCAAGGUAAUUGAAAUAUAUGUUUUGUUUUCACUGCUCUGUUCACAUAAUAUAUGCAGGGGUUUCUUUAAAUCUAUCAUCAAUCAAGCUCCUCUGAUUACUUUACCAUACUUAAAGGAGCACUAUAUGGUCAGGACCACAAACAUGUAUUUCUGACCCUAUAGGGUUAAAACCACCAUCUAGCCACCCUGGUCCCCUCCUGCCUCCCUAAAUAUAGUAAAAUCUUACUUUUAUUCAAGUCUGCAGCUGCUUAGUUUGUCCCUGUUUCCUUUAGACCUGCCUGCUGACAUCAUUAGAAGUGGUAGCCUGAUCCAAUCACAAUGCUUCCCCCAUAGGAUUGGCUGAGACUGACAAAGAGGCAGAUCAGGGGCAGAGCCAGCACAAUUCAAACACAGCCCUGGCAAAUCAGCAUCUCCUCAUUGAAUUGAAUCAAUGAAUCUCUGAGGGAAGUUCAGUGUCUGCAUGCAGAGGGAGGAGACACUGAAUUUUUGGAUGCAUUUUCGACAGCCAUGACCCAGGAAGGAUCUCUAGAAGCCGUCUGAGUGGCCAGUGAAGUUAUCACUAGGCUGUAAUGUAAACACUGCAUUGUCUCUGAAAAGACAGUGUUUACAGCAAAAAGCCUGAAGGUAAUGAUUAUAUUCACCAGAACAAAUGCAAUAAGCUGUAGUUGUUCUGGUGACUAUAGUGUCCCUUUAACUAUAACUUCUGUAAGAGAGGUUGCAGUAUUGAUAUUUUUUAGUCCAUGUGGCAGGAGCCGUUUAACAGUGUUAAACAUUUACCUGUGUGACUCGUUCUAUAAAAUAAGUUGUUUAAAAGGGGUGCUUUUAGUGUUUCAAGAGCUAAGCUGAACCUAUCCUAAUCCAGAAUCUGCGCUACUCUGAAAUGUUAGUCAAAGAGGUUUUGGCAAGGAAAUGUUAUCAUUCUGUUCAUCCAAUGUAUGUUAACGUGUUUUGAUGGGUUCACUUUUAUAGAAAUCCAACAAUAGCCACCGCGUUAAACUGCAGCAUGUGGCAGGUUUUUGUAUCUACCUGCACAUUGAAAAAUUGCCUGUUACCUCUUUGGAGAUGCUUAUUGUUGGUUCAAUUAAACAAUGAAAUGCAUCCGAAAGAUUAAACAAAUCUCUGUACCAGUUCUUAAACUUCCUUUUGUAAAGUAUCACUGAUUCUUGCAGUAUACCUCUACUUUCACAACUUUCUGCAACAUUGGUGUAUUACUAGGACUUUUUAUGGUUGACUCAUGUAAGCAAUUUCUGCUGCUGACAUUUAAAGGAAUGGAUUAUUUAAUUUUUUUUUGUUUUGUUUUUUGCUCAUUUCACUUUAAGAAGCUUUGUUAACUGGUUCUGUUCUUUUGUAAACUAAUCUAGAAAUCUGGUUAGGAGUCUUAUAGUUGACUAUAAACCUCUAAUUCUAAAACUGAAGAUUUGUCAUUGCACUAUCUGGAGCACUUGGAUUACAUUACUUGUUUUAUUCAACAUGUGCACGGUUUGAAAUCUUGCAGGUCUGAUUUUGAAAGCAUGUGCUCUGACCUCUUGCAAAGAAUAGAUGCUCCACUUGGGUCAUUGAUGGAACAGAUUCAGCUACAGGUUGAAGAUGUGAGUGCAGUGGAGAUCAUUGGAGGAGCUACCAGAAUUCCAGCUGUAAAGGAGAGAGUAGCCAAGUUCUUUGGGAAAGAUGUCAGCACAACGCUAAAUGCAGAUGAAGCUGUAGCAAGAGGAUGUGCUUUGCAGGUAAUGUGUUAAAGGGGAAAAGUGCAUUGACUAUGCAAAACGGACUAUUUUUAGACUGCAUAGAAGAUCUUGGAAGAUUCAUCAGAUUGCUUUAAAACAUACUGCUAAAUUAUAAUGUGUUGCUUAAUGGGGCACUCCAAGUAGGAAUGAACUUCUAACAGUUACUAAAAUGUAAACAGUUCCUGCUUGUUGUGCAAACCAGACUGCUAAGUAAAUUUAAUGCAGGACUGCAGUAGUUUAAGGGCAAGUGAGGCAGUAUCUGCUUACAACGUUUGUCACAGUCUACACCCAGAUAGAAAAUGCAUCUGGUUCACCUAUAACUCUGUAAUCCAGAUCUCCCUGUUUAUGCACAAUGUGCCAGGUAGACGGACGGACUGGCAGACUUCAUAGCUCUCUUUGCACAGCCUCGUUUCUGCACUUAACCGAGGUUUCUGGGACUUGUAGUUUCUACAAAAACAUUUCUGUGCAACUAGCAAGAAAGAAGUAUUUUAGAAAAAGGAGGUGGGGCAGCUAAUUUAAACCAAUAGCUUUAAAAUGUUUUGAGAGUGGCUUGCAGUGCCCCUUAAUUGUUCAGAUGGGCAUUUUGUCUCAAACCAGCAGUUACCUUGGUUUUAAUGAGAACUUUUCUGUUUGUAGUGUGCAAUUCUGUCGCCAGCCUUUAAAGUACGAGAGUUCUCCGUUACUGAUGUGGUUCCUUAUGCUAUAUCUUUGAGAUGGAUUACUGCAGAAGAUGAGGCUGAAGGGUAAGUUUUAUGGUUUUUAUACAUGUUAAUGAUCAUUAUGAGCUUUGUGACAACCUUUUUAUAUUUAUAAUUUUGUUUUGUCUUUUUAGAGUACAUGAAGUCUUCUGUAAAAAUCACGCAGCUCCUUUUUCUAAAGUCCUAACCUUCUACAGAAAGAAUCCUUUCCAACUAGAUGCAUUUUAUUCUCAUCCCGACACAGUUCCUUAUCCGGAAAUGAAGAUUGGUACGUUAGUUUUUUUUGUUUUUUUUAUGUUUACAAAGGAGAACAUUAUGUUAUCUUAACAAACCCUUAAAAGGUAAUGCUCAUUAAGUAGUAAAGGGUUAGUUUACAGUGGGGGUGUUAUUUACCCUGUAACAAAUAUGACUGACACAACUUAUUUCAUUCUUUUUUUACUUUAGGUCAAUUUAUUGUGCAGAAUAUUUCUCCUGCUAAAGAUGGGGAAAAGUCAAAAGUGAAGGUGAAAGUUCGAGUUAACACACAUGGGAUCUUUAGCGUGUCCACUGCCUCUGUGGUGGAGCGGAUAGAGGUAGAUGGGAGUGAAGAGCAGUCUGAUACUGACUUGGAAUUAAAGAACCAGGGCACUGCAAACACAGAAGCUGAAGUAAGUUUUUGGUUAAUUGAUUGAUCUUUCCUUCGGCAAGUUAUUCUACACUUUUGAAACGGUUAAAUGGAGGAAUUUGAAUUGACCAUAAUGUAUUCCCUAUGCACUACUUGGUCCUCGAUAAACAUAUAUAUAGAUAAACAUAUAUGUAGAUGUUUUCUUUUUAAAAAUAAUCCUUUUCCUUAGGGGGGGAGGGAAAUACAGCUGUCUGCCGACAGAGGAUCAGAGUACCCAUCCGUGCCCCAAGCAUUAAAUGAAAACUUUAUAUUAUUAACACUUUCACAAAUCAUCUUUGUUCAAAAAGUGUUCAUGACUUUCUGGGUUUUUUAUUAAUCAUCACUAUAACACAGGUCUAUCUUUCAUUUUUACUUUUUUAUUUUUUGUUACUCGUUUAGAUAGACCUGGAAAUGUUUACAAGGAUAAAGUGUUUUUUUUUUGUUUUUUUUUUCCCAUAUUUAAACACUCAAAUUUAUAGAAAGACCAACUUUAAGAUGAGACUCUAGAUUAACUGUAACAUUGUUGCUUUGCUGUAAACCCCCAUCUACAUCUUUUUGUGCCUGGGUUUUAAUUUCAGAAAUCUAUCCAGCAAGAAAACAGUGCCGCUGGAACACAGUCCCAGGUACAAACUGAUGAUUCACCCUCUCCUCCUCCACCCGAGCCUGCCAGUGGGGAACACAAAAUGGCCGACACUGAAAAAGUGAGUGAUCUUUUUGUUUUUAUUUUACACGUCUGUCCUUUUAUGAAUUACCAUGAUCUUAAUGUUGCUGCUUACAAAAGGUUCCUUAUUGAGCCUCGGGAGGACAUGGAGAUGUGUGUUGAGGCAUGUUAUCUGUGUACUCUGUAAUUGUGGAUAACUUUUAGAAUGCAUAAAGUUGGCCUCUAUAUAUGAAUUUUAAUAUGUUCACAUAUCAAUGUAGCAAACAUGCUCUGGGGUGUAAAGCUUUUAUUUUGCUGAUGGAAACUACGAAUUUCAACAAAAAAUUCAGGCCUGGCACUGAUUAGGGUUAGAUCAUAGUGCUGUUUAUUUAAAAAAAAAAUAAAAUAAAAAAAUAAACAAAUUGUGCAUAUAACUCAAAUUCCUAAUCUUCUAGGUACCUGAAAAGAAAAGCGACCAGCCACCAGAGGCUAAGAAACCAAAGAUAAAGGUCAAGAAUAUUGAACUGCCUAUUGAGGCAAAUUUAGUAUGGCAACUAGGGAAGGACCUUCUUAAUAUGUACAUUGAGAAUGAGGUGAGUGUAUUUUUAUUUAUUUUUUUUGUGUGUGUUUUUGUUUUUUUUUUUGUUUUUUUUGUUUUUGUUUUGUUUUUUAAGAUCUCGAAGUUAUAUUAAAAAUGCUAAAUGUAAUGUGGAAUAUCUGGAAUUCUUCAGAAUGUAGCCUUCUGGUAAGGUAUUUAAUAAAGCUGCUUUCAGUGGGAGACACUGCCACUUUUUUGUAGAAAACACCAGGAAUGCCAACUAACUCUUCUGGGAAAUGGGCAAGUUGAUUUCUUUUCAUCAUUCUAAAAACCUAUAUUUAAAAUGAAUUGGAUUAGAUUUGUUUAUCUUAAUAAUUUACAUAGGAUUUUAACUGAUUUUUGUAUUUCCAAAUAUUCAGGGGAAAAUGAUACUCCAAGAUAAGCUGGAAAAAGAGCGGAACGAUGCAAAAAAUGCAGUAGAAGAAUAUGUCUAUGAGUUUAGAGAUAAACUCUCUGGACCAUAUGGGAGGUUCGUGUGUGAAAAGGUGAGUUGACUCUAGAUUGUUAAUGCUUUUCGUUGGAGUCAGAGGUUGCAAAACUGUUCCAUAGCAGCUAUCCUUUGAACCUGUUGAAUUAUCUGUGUGCUCAUAACUUUGUCAUCUCGACCCCUUAACAUUACUUUCAGGGUUAUUCGCUAUGGUGAGAAUUCAAAGUAAAUUUAAAAAAAAAAAGUGAUAAAGUCACCAUCACAAAUUGUGCAGAAAGUGACAGAGCCAAAGUCUGUUUUUGGUUUGUUUUUUUUCUUCCUAUUUUAAUGGUGGGUAGAAAUAUGGUUAGUUACAUUAUUCUUUUUAUCCACAGUUUUUUGUUUUUUUGUUGUUGUUUUUAAUGUAAAAUCUAAAUGUGCAGCCCUGUUCUAAAGACUAUUAAAAUCUGCUCUCUUGCACAGGAUUUAAGCCGAUUUCUAGAGCUUCUCACAGAAACUGAGGAUUGGUUGUACGAAGAUGGGGAAGAUCAGUCCAAGUCAGUGUACAUAGAAAAGCUUGAUGAACUCAAGGUAAAUCUCUCUUAUGCAGAAAACAUGUUAAUUGAGUAUGAAAUUAUAAAACCAAAUAUUAAAUACAAGUCAGAUCUUGCCAUUCUGGAAACUGAGAAGUACUGCUUUUCUCUAGAAAAUGUCUCUCAUUAAUAAACCUUUUGGGUGUUUAACACUAGAAAUUUUGGUUUUGAUGAAUUUCUUCCAUGCUUUCUUUUUGGGGAAAAGUGAUUCAGACUAACAAACACAGUGCAAAAUGCACCUAUUGGUCUGCAGCAAAGCAAAAGUGGCUAAAAUAUUGCCCAGCCAAAAGUCUAGGCAAUAUCAAUAUGGCUGGGUUACUGCAGUUAGGAUUAAUGACACAGGCUAUCUCCCACUCCUACAAAGGUACUGCAAGCGUGUAAAACACGAUAGAUCCUCACUUAAACUGUGAAUAAAAUCAACACCUAGUGGCUGUCCCUUAACCAUCAGUAACCCACAUCUUCAUUUUGACAGGAGAUGUUGCCCACACAAUGGGGCGGAUCUAUUGUCCACAAUGGCAAACAAAGCUGCUUAUUUGCUACCUGCACAAUACUACCCUCUUCCACCACCAAUAAACAGUAUUCUAAAGUGUAACCUACAUAGCUGAAAGGGCACUCCACUACCCAAAUACAAAAAAAUCACUCUUUUAUCAAUAUGCCCACAAUGAAAACAUGCAUGCCUUUAGUUAUGCGUGUUUUUUUUGGGGGGGGGGGGUUAGAUCUAAAAACAGCUUUCAAAAGCUGCACAUUUCUUGUCUGCAGAGCUUGCAAGCCCUCCCUUACUUUCCCACGCCAGACUUUGAUGUAUUUGCAGGGCAGGUGUUCUGAGCAAUUGCUGCCUCUUGAGUUUAGCUACACUAAGCUAAACAACCAGGAAGUUAUCUGACAACUUUAUCUUCACAGAUAAAGCACUGUGUGUUUUAGGUGUUCCUUUAGGUGGGAUUAAAUACUUGCCCUAUAUGCAUCAACUAUGAUUAUGCUUGCAUAGCUAACCCAGAGUGUCCUGUAAGCAGUUGAAAACUUUAUACUCUUUAGAUUGUCCUGUGCAUAUUUCUAAAGCUUGCUUCCAUUGCUGUUAGAAUUUGAACUUUUGCUGUAGUGCUCCUUUCAGAACUUGUAAACCUAUGAUAAUAACUCGAAUCUGAAAUCUUCACUCCAGAUCUGUAUGUUUACUACACUUGGAGUAAAUUGCAGAUAGUGCUGCAUACAUUAUCAAUGCUUUGUUCUAAGUAUUUAGACUAACUUUGUUUUUUUCUUGUCUUCGUAUUUUGUCUAGAAACUCGGUGCUCCAAUUCAGAGAAGAUUUAAGGAGGCAGAACAGCGGCCAAAAACAUUUGAAGCGCUAGGACAAAGACUUCAACAUUAUGCAAAAAUUGUAGAAGAAUACAGGAAUCAGGUAGGUGGAUGGUGUGUGUGUAUAUCUCUAUCUAUAUAUCUCAUUAUCAAUCUCAAAAAAGGCCUGCACUCAUGGAAGUCCAGAAAUCUUAUGCCUGGUGUUGUAACCUGCAGUAAUCCCAUUUAAACUUCCAAUGAUUUGUCAACACUCAGAGGACUUGGUUUCUGUUAAAACUUGGCUUCAUUUGAAAUGUCUAUCAACAUUUUAGUUUAAAAACCUAAAAAAACUUUUGUUUUUAAACUGAAACGUUGACAGACUGUGCAAUAAAAGCUAACUUUUAACAUAAAGUAAGUACUCUGAGUGCAAACCAUCCUUGGAAGUGUAUGUAUGUGUUUUUUGUUCUUUGGUUUCCCUCUGCAUUUUUAUUGACCGUCUUAAAUCAUUAGCCUUGAUUCAUAGUCCAUUGUCCUUUCUGUAGCUAACUUAGUUUAUAUUAUAGACUGUAUGUCUAACAUUCUUGAGUUGAAGGUGUGGAAUUUGAAAUGAUCAAAUAAGGUAGUUACAUUAGCAAUAAUAACUAUUAAAUGGCAGUAGGGGUUGGCUAUAGUGCAGUGUUACUUCCUUUUAACUUAUAUAAUUUGAGUAGAAUUUAAUAAACCUUUGCAUGUUUCACCACAGAGUGAGACUUACCAGCACAUUAGCAGUCUCGAUAUGGAAAAAGUAGAAAAGUGUGUAAGAGAAACCAUGGAUUGGAUGAGCAAUGCAAUGAAUGCUCAGUCUAAGCAACCUCUGGAUCAGGACCCGGUUGUUCAUGUGGAUGAAAUCAAAGCAAAGAAUUCUGUAAGUAUACCAUUUCUGAAUAUGAACCAGAAAGUGGCUAGCUGUAACUGCGUGUGAGCAAAUUAAACUCCGUUAAUGUGCUUGCAGUAUGUCAAACUACAAUGUGGUAAAAAAAGUAACAAACCAUCAAAUCAUAGGUGCCUACAGCUUGUAGAUUUCUGCUGGUUGUAUUUUUUUUUGUUUCUGUUACUACCAAUUUUUUGCAGUACCAGAGUAGAGGCAUUCUUAAUCCGGUAAGGAUCACUACACCAUAUUCUUUUUUUCACCCAAUAAUGUGGAAUGAUGACGAUUUAUCAUUGUAUGUAAAAUAUCUAAAUUAAAGGUCCAAAAGUUUAAAUGGUUAUAGGAAAGGGAUUCGGUUAUGAGCAUUUCAGAGCCAUGUUGCUAUGGAAAAAAUGUAAAUUUUAUUUAUUUUCUUUUAGUUAUUGGACAACACCUGCCAUGGAAUAGUUUCACAACCACAACCAAAAGCUGAAUCCCCCAAGAAGGAUAAACCAGUAAAUGGUAUAAAUCAAAAAGAGGACAAUCUCAAAAAUGACAAGGACAAAGAGAAUACAGUCCCUCCUCAGCAAAACGGAGAUUGUUACACAAAUGCAAUGGAAUGUAAUUAAAGGACUAAUUUUGUGAGAGUCUGUCAGGAUCUGUUCUUUUACCUGGAUCUCUAGUUGUGAAAAUUGUAAAUGAAGAUUUAUUGCAGAGUCUUUUGUUUCAAUAUUUCUGUAAGAUGUGACCAAACACUGUCUAAGGGACUACUUAUUAUGACUUUUGACUUAAAUUUUUUUUUAUUUUUUUUUUUGAUUAAACGUUCGGUUUCUAUGUGUUUCCCUUGACUGUAUUACAUGGCACAUUGAUAGAUUAAUAUAUUUCCUUGAUAACAACAUAAAGAAAAAAAACAAAUUCCUGUGGAAUUAUGAUCUCAUAUCAAGCUGAGCUAACCUUUCAAAGCACAGAUGGCAUCUCAAAGUUCUGCUUUCUUAGAGGUCUGAGCUUUAUUUACUUGAGGAACAGCUUAUUCAGCAAUUUUUAUUUAUUUUUUGUAUACCUUAAAGUAAACUAGGGAUUUAUUCACUAAAUGGUGCUCUGAAAACUAUAUAGCAAAGUUGGAGAAUGUUUGUUUUGUUUUUUUGCUUAUGACUUGCAGGUUUGGUUUUACGUUAACCACUUGAUCUGACAGGUGAGCAAGCAAAUAUAUAAUUGUUGGCAAGGUGCUACGUUGGGCUUUUUUUUUUUUUUUUUAAAUUAGGAAUGCAGAAUUUUCUUUUAAGUGAUGUUGAAAGCUAAUUCUGUAACUUGUUCCAACUAUUUUGUUUUUUCUUGCUUCAACCGAAACAUGUGAUGCUGGUAUCGUGACUUGUGG